GUUGUUUGCUGAAAGUCGUGUUCCCCAGACUUUCUCAAACGUUUUAAAGGCUCUUGCACAGCAUGUCAUCCCAGGAGGAGCAUGGUCAGAAUUUACAGGCCAGGAUAUUGAGGGUCUCCCAAAACAGCUAUCGGGAAAUGACUGUGGGGUCUUCAUGCUAAUGUACACCUGGUAUGUUGUGAUGGAGGCUCCAUUUGAUUUCACAAUUCAUGACAUGCCCUGUUUGAGGAGGUGGUGGUGCACACUGUUGGUGGAGAAUCUUGAGGUUGAACGCCAUGGACGUAGAUUUGCCCACUUCACAGUGGAGGGCCAACAGAUGAGAACACAGAUUGACAGCGGAAGUGUGACACCGUUGACGAGGAUCCCCAGGAAGAGACAGUGCGAUGAGGUCACCAUGGAACCGGUCCCCUCGAAAAAUUCCAAGAUGGAGGAGCCAGAGGGAAUGGCCGUUGGCAUUUUGCAGCUGCCUGCGGAGACUUUAUUGAAGAACUUCGUCCUUGUGGUGCUGGAGGAUGGCGACCCUGCAAUCCGCACCCUGGCUCUUACAUGUAAACGGUUCUGGGAGGUGGUGAGAGAGGACUACUUUCUGCAGGAAGCACACUUUGCCUGGCUUGACAGUGUGGUGACCUGGAAGAAGUACUCUGUGGAGUACACCAAGACCUACAGGAUCCCGUUCCAGAUCUCCAGCUGCAUACAGUGCCGCAACCGGUACAAGGACUCGGAAGGCUACAGGGGACAUGGGCGCAGAGGACAACUCUCUGGGAUGUACUCGGAAGAUGAGCUGGCAGGAUUCUGCAGCAUUGACUGUUUCUAUGAUGCUGGAGGCACCUUCCAAGAAUAAAAUGUUUGUAAAAUGUUUGUUUA